AUGUCCGACGAUACCGGCGCAUCCCCGGCUCAUCCGACUGCACCGUCUUCACAGUUCACCUAUCGCGACUUGCAGCUUCUAUCACAAUCUUCGCCAGAAUCUCCCUUACGAGUAGUCGCACUCGUCGACUACGACUCUUUCUACGCCCAAUAUGAGUCGCUCAGGCUUGGUCUGCCCCCCUCCAAGCCCCUCGCAGUCCGCCAGUGGAACGCCAUCAUCGCGCUGAACUACGCGGCGAAGGAGCGGGGUGUCAAGAGGAUCAUGUCUGCCGAUGAGGCACGACGCAUCUGCCCAGACAUAGUGCUGCAGCACGUUCCUACUUGGAGAGAGGGCGACGAUCGCUGGAGGUACAGGGAUGAUGUGCUGGAUCAUCUGAAGACGGAUAAAGCCUCCCUUGAUCCCUACCGGGGUGUGUCGCGCAAGACCAUGCAUCUCGUCAGGAAGCUCUUACCAGCUAAGCCUGCUCCGACGAUUGAGAGGGCUGGCGUGGACGAGUUUUACCUCGAUCUAUCAGCUCAAGUCCACCGAACGUUGGUGGAACGAUUCCCUACACUGACACCAACCAAUAAGAGUCUUGACAAUUACCUACCCUUGCCUGCGGCAGACACAUCACUACAAUGGGGCAAAGACAAAGUCAUGAUGCCAGCAGACUUACAUGAUCUUGACGAUGUCCUCGACUGGGACGACGUAGUACUCAGUAUUGGGGGUAGCAUUGUUCGACACGUACGUGAGGAGAUCAAAAAGCAGCUGCAGCUCACCACCUCUGCUGGCAUCAGCUGUAACAAGAUGCUCGCCAAGGCGGCGUCUAGGAUGAACAAGCCAGCAGGCCAAACAAUAAUGAGGCGCAAGUCCAUUCCCAUCAUCAUGCCAACCCUCAAAGCCACUUCACUCUCGGGCUUGGGAAGGCAACUAGGUCAGAAGGUUGUCAAGACCUUUGGGUCAGACAACAUCCGUGAUCUACUCCAGGUCUCGCUCACAGAAAUGAGAUCGCAACUGGGAGCCGAAGACGGACAGUGGGUGUAUAACGCAAUCAGGGGCGACGAGAAGGGUCCCGUCAGGCCACGGAGCGAGGUCCAAUCAUUACUAGCCGCGAAGACCUUCAUGCCAAAAGCGGAAAAUCUACAACAAGCAGACAAAUGGCUCCGAAUAUUCGCAGCCGACCUCGAAUCUCGAUUGCAUGACCUCGAUCUUGACUCUGAAGUGCCCCGACGACCACGAACAAUUGCAGUACACCAUCACAUCAAUGGCCGCUUCGGCCCAACACGAUCAAAACAGGCACCCAUUCCUCCUCAAAUCGAGAUCAACAAGGAAACCAUUUUCAAUAUGCUGCAUGACCUUCUGAGAGAUCUCACUGAGCAUGGGGAGUCUUGGCCGUGCCUUGGCGUAUCGGUCAGCAUGUCCAACCUGGAUUCUGGAUUGCCUGCGCCUCAAACCGGACGCAUUACCUCUUUCUUUGUUACCGACAACUCUCGCAGUCCUCGGAAACGGGGAAGAGAACAGGAUGUAUGCGACGCUCCUGAGAGUCCAACUAAGCGUCAGGCCGCAUCAUCCGAUGCAUACAAGUCGCCAAAUGCGGCGGAUGGAACAGAGGAACAUCACUAUUUGUGUCCGAACUGUGGCGAAGCUGUGCAACCAUGUGAUGUUCUCGAACAUCUGGACUGGCAUGUUGCGAUGGAGGUUCAAAAUCAACAAUCUUAG